UAGUUUUUUUAUAUAAUAUUAACAAACAAAAAAAACCAAACAGACAGACAUGCAGCCGGAAAAAAAUCAGAAAAACACAGAAGACACGCCGUUCGUAAUAGAGUUCAAACAGAAAAGUACGGGAUAUGGCACCGCUCCCUCUACCAGUACCAGUGGGAAUGUUGUUAAUAGCAGUAAUAACAAUAACACCCCCGUACGAACACCACCAAAACUCUAUUGCCUGCACGGCAUUUCAAAUAUCGAAGUGCGAGAUCAUUGCCAUCGUCAACGAAGCGAAGGAGUCGAUGUUAAAGCGCGAAAGAAACUCAUCAUAGCGAGUGUUUUAUGUCUAUUUUUCAUGAUUUGCGAAAUUAUUGGUGGCUUUUUAUCGAAUAGUUUGGCGAUUGCAACAGAUGCUGCACACUUGCUAACAGAUUUUGCCAGUUUUAUGAUAUCAUUGUUUGCCAUCUGGAUUGCGGGACGGCCAUCGACACAGCGCAUGUCCUUUGGUUGGUACCGUGCGGAAGUAAUUGGCGCUCUGGCAUCCGUUGUUAUGAUUUGGGUUAUUACCGCCAUAUUAGUUUGGCUGGCUAUACAGCGUCUGAUUAAUAAAACAUACGAAGUGGAGGCGGAGUACAUGUUGAUUACAUCGGCGAUCGCCGUUCUGUUUAAUAUAAUAAUGGGAUUCCAACUUCAUCACGGGCAUUCACAUGGUGGUGGUGGUGGUGGACACAGUCACGGAGGUAGCCACUCAAAAAAAGAAAGCGGUAAAGAUGUGGAGAGAAAUGAUGUAUGUGAAUUGAAAGCAGCCAAGAGGAAUGGUUUUGAGACACCUAGAAAUAGUAAUACAGUUUCGAGAACAUCAUUGACUGACAGCACCAAAGCUUCUAAUCUAUCCAUUUGUCCCGAAUCACCAAAGGGACGCAUAGAAGAUGGCGUGGCUGACUUGGAGGCUGAUGCACAACUACCCGGUGAUGGUUUACGCACAUUUUCUUAUCAAAAUUCGAAAUCCGUGGGUGAAGUUCACUCUGAAAUUGCUGCUGUGAUGGCUGAAACAGCGCCUGGAGCACAUCAUCAUGGUGGUGAGGCUGCACGGGAAGCAGUGAAUCUGAAUGUACGUGCCGCAUUUAUACAUGUGGUUGGUGACAUGGUGCAAAGUGUUGGAGUAUUCAUAGCUGCUCUUCUCAUAUAUUUCCGUCCAGAUUGGGCGAUUGCUGAUCCAAUUUGUACAUUUAUAUUCUCCAUUAUAGUGCUCUUCACUACUUUCGCCAUCAUGAAAGAUGCGUUAUUGGUCCUUAUGGAGGGAACGCCAAGCUACCUUCAUUACACGGAGGUGCUCAACAUUUUCCAGCAAAUCGAGGGCGUUGAACGUGUGCAUAAUUUGCGUAUUUGGGCGUUAAGCAUUAAUAAAAUUGCUUUAUCUGCACACUUGGCAAUUGCUUCAGACGCCGAUCCAAAGACAAUUUUGCAAACAGCCACCACUGCCGUGCAUAUGCGAUAUAACUUCUUUGAAACAACCAUUCAGAUCGAAGACUUCACCCCUGAUAUGGAGAACUGUAAGCAGUGUUCAGUGCCAGACAAAUAGAAUAAAAUACGGACCAUAUAACACAAAUUAGUCUAAUAAUGUCUUUUAUAUAUAUACAAAAAUAA